UUAUAAUCAGGUAAUUGCGGCGGGGCGCGUGUGGUCGCGCUGCCGCGGGGCCGCAGCUGUGGGUCGUUCCGGGCUGUAUUACAGGAGUAUAACUGAGCGCCGGGAGCCGGAGGGCAAAUAAUAACGAGUUUAUCCGAACACCCGAGCGGAGUUUUCCGUCAUGAAUCCUCCGACCGCCAGAGACGACACAGACCCGCCAGAGCACUACAUGCCCCAGUCGUCGUCAGCAGCAGCAGGAGGAGCAGGAGGAGCAGGAGGAGGAGGAGGUGGUGGUUUGUAUCUGGACGCCUAUGAGGUCUCCUUUCCCCUGGAGGAGAGCGUAGAGAGACCACCUGCCUAUCACCUGAACCAAGGCCAGCAGAUGAUGGACGAGCCUGUGGUGCAGGAGCCUCCUCACUCUCAGUACAGCCCUUUCAUCCUGGUCUCGAACCUGCGGGCUCACCUGUACGUCGCUCUGGAGAAGAACGCCUGGCUGCAGAAGCGCAUCGAGGAGCUGGAGGAGGAACGCAACUUCCUGCGCUGUCAGCUGGAUCGCUUCAUCGUCAGCAUGAGGAGUCCGGAGGAGUGGUGCGGGGACGCCCAGCGGAUUGUGAAGGUCCAGCCCUCCAGCUCUCCCUCGCCUCCCUCCCCCAUGACCACCAGGUCUGGGAUGACCCUCAAACGGGCGCAGGGGCCAGGGCCUCGGACCCGCCGCAGCACCACCAUCCCUGUCAAGCAGGAGUUUCAUCUGGAAGAAGACAAAUACUACACUGAGGAUGAGUACGUGGCAGAAGAGGAGGAGGAGGAGGAGGAGGAGGAAGAGGAGGACUCGUCCGUGGAGAAGGGGUCAAAGAAGAAAGGCCGAGGGAGAGCCAACGGAGAGCCGAGGAUGAAGAUGAGGAGGAUCUUUAGGAUCACCCAUGGGAGGGAGAGACAGAGAGUUAAAGAUCCAGACGGGGUCCUGAUUCGCUACAAGAAGAUCCUGUCCACGUACCAGCGGGUGAGGAGCAUGUCCCGAGCCUUCCAGAUCCACGGAGUGGACCGCAACACAAUGGCGUCCACCUCCCCGAUCGCCGAGCUGCUGCUGGUGGCACCGGAGAAGGUGACAGAGGUCGGAGAGUUUGAGGCAUCGAAGGAGAAGCUUUUGGAUUACGCCCGACGGUGCUACAAGACCAUGGACGACCAGACGCACGCUAAGGUCCAGAGCAUGAAGAAGACUCACAAGCUGCUUCCGAUCUCCUACAGGUUCAGAAACUGACCGAGGCUGGAUUUGAUGGGAGGUGUCUUCACUAAACAUCCAGAAAGACGUUUAUUUGUUUUUUGACGGUGGUGGUGUUGCAGUUUUUCAGUUUUUAUUUAUCAUUGCCUUAAAAGAGAGAAGAAUGAGAAGAUGAGAUGCUAGAUCUCAGGAUUAACUUAGUUUGAAUACAGUGAAGGAUUUUUUGCCAACAAACUACUUGACUUCUAUAAAUAUCCAUAAUUCUUCUUUUUAUUUAUUGUGCAGCUGUUUGAGUUGGCAAGAAUGUUGUUUUUUUUGGGACUGUAUUUCAGUAACAGACUUUAGUUUAAAGUUACUCGACGGGACACCAUACUUACCUCAGGAAUUACCCGAAGCUAUGCAUUAAAGGUGCUCUAUGUAAGUUCUUGCUAUCGCUACAUAGCCAACGUUAGCAUUAACAGCUCUUUUACUUACCAGUCUAGAGUUCAGCAUCAAACUUCGUUCCUUUACUCGCAAAGAGCU